CAUUUUGAGUUGUUGCACCGGAUAGCAGCGAUCGAAUUGAUUCUACCUUACAUUUUUACGAAAACACAUUUGCAACUAAUUUGCAACUGUUUCGAUUCGACAUGAUUAACACAAUUCGCCUGAUAUCUCGACAAAGUCUGCCUCAAUUCCGUCGAUUUCACAAAUGUGUUGUCCGACAAACGGAAUCGAGUGCAGCAGCAGCGACAGAAGCAGCAGCAGCAUCACCACCACCACCUUCUCCAUCUGAUGUUGAGAAAUCGGUACAUCCAAAAAUUGACAAAAUAGCCAAUGACAUCACCGCUCUUAAUCUGAUAGAAGUAGCAAAGCUUAGCGAGUUAUUAAAAAAACGAUUGAAUCUACCAGAUGCACCUGUUAUGCCUGUUGGAGGAUUUGUUGCUGCAUCUCAGGCUUCGGAGGAAGAAGAAGUAGAACAAAAGCGAAUACAAACGGAGUUCACUGUUAAGUUAAUGGCGUUUGAUGACAAACAGAAAGUAGCGCUAAUCAAAGAAGUGAAGAACUUGUUACCAGGCACAAAUCUUGUUCAGGCCAAAAAGUUCGUUGAAAGCGCACCUACAAUAGUGAAAGCGGAUAUAGCGAAAGACGAAGCCGAGAAAUUGAAAGAUGCUCUCACCAAGGUCGGUGCUACAAUUCAAAUUAUAUAAAUCGUAUGUGUGAAUACAUAUAUUGUUACGUAAAUAUAAUGUUAU